UGACGUACGGUACCGUACCAGUGUAGUAGAAGAGCAGUGACAUUUCUGAUUUUAUUUCAUCAUGAUCUCUCCUCUGUUCAGCGUGAUUUUCGCAAAAGCGACAUUGUCAAGCGAGCUUCAAUAAUUUCUGAUAUUGUGACACUUAGUAUUAAAAAGAUGGGGAAUCGAACAAUUAAUGAAAAUACCAACGGAGUCAACAAUGUGAUUGUGAACGACAACGGAGUUCUCGCUGGGCCCUCUGCAGUGAGUUCGAACGGUUCUGGAAAAGUUCACCGGGCCGGUGGGCUCGGCAGCAUAGGAAUUCGACGCUACGUGCAAGCGCUCCGACCGUGGUCAUUCAGUGCUUCACUGACUGCAAUGCUGCUGGGUUCAGCACUGGCCUAUAAAUCCAUUGGAACUUUGAAUCCUAUUGUAUGCCUGGCUUCUUCAUUUGCAGUGCUGUUUGUUCAUGGAGCUGGCAACUUGGUGAAUACAUAUUACGAUUAUAUGAAAGGCGUUGAUAGCAAAAAAAGCGACGACCGAACAUUGGUCGACCACAGAUUGGAGCCAAACACUGUUGCUACAUUUGGUGCUGUACUCUAUGCUCUUGGAUGUGUGGCUUUCGUUGUCGUGGCAACAUUCUCACCUGCUAAAAUGGAACACAUUGCGUUGCUUUACUUUGGAGGUUUGUCCAGUUCUUUUCUGUACACUGGUGGCAUCGGAUUGAAAUACCUCGCUCUUGGCGAUGUUGUCAUCCUCAUAACGUUUGGUCCACUUUCCGUCAUGUUUGCCUUUGUCAACCAAGUGGGACAUCUCAAUAUCACCCCACUUUUAUAUGCCAUCCCUCUUGCCUUGAACACAGAAGCUAUUCUUCACAGCAACAACGCCCGUGACAUGAAAACCGACAAGCAGGCAGGGGUCAUCACUGUAGCCAUAUUGUUGGGGGAGACCGCCUCCUACGCCUUGUACUGCUUUCUUAUUUUCACACCUUACAUUACCUUCGCUGUUGUUGGGAUGAAUUUCUCCAAGUGGUUACUCCUGCCCCUGUUCACCCUCCCUAUGGCAUUCACACUUGAGAAAAAAUUCCGCCAAAGAAAACUGGGAAAGCUUCCAAAUGAGACGGCAAAGCUGAAUUUGCUGUUUGGUGUGCUGUAUAUUUUGGGUUGUCUGUUUGCAGAUACGGGAAGUCUUCCUGGGUUAACAUAAAAAACUAAAAUAGCCACCAUUAUUGACUUCUUUACCUUACAGUGUGGGAGAUUUUUUUUUAAAGAAAAUAACUAUAAAAAUUCUUUGUUUUUUUUCAAGUCAAUGAGAUACAUUUUUCAGUGAUUUUUAUUAAUUUCUGGUAAGUUUUGCAGCUACAGCUUGAAUUAUUGUCAGGUGUCUGAGGGGGGGAUUGCCCCCUUUUUAAGGUAAAUUGCUUACCCUUUUGUACGUGAAGCCAUCCCCCCAUCCCUUUGAUUGAAAGUGAAGAUAAAAUAUAUCCUUCUUUUGGUUAAAGACCUUUUUUAAUUUAAUGUAUUUUUUUUGCUUGCUUGCUUUAAAAAAAAUACCCCUUUCAGAAUUUUAGAAAUUUUGGAUCUGCUGAUCUGCCUGUUAUUUUUUGUGAGGUUAAUGUACAUUCUAUGAAUACCCAUACAUGAUACAUUCAGUUGUUGUGAACUGAUAAUUAGAAUGAUAUCUGUAAAUGUUAAUUUCUGUACAUCUUUAAUUGUGGUACGUAUACAUGUACAUUCAUGUUGCAUGUGUACAAUAUAAGAUGGCGACGUAAACACGGCCGGAAACACGCCUGGAAACUGGUUCAGGAAACCAGUUUGGAAGAUCGCUUUGCUACAUGUAGCGUUCUCAUUUGAUCACCCGAAAGUGGUUUUCAAAAUCACUUAACGUAAAGUGAUCUUAUUGCUAUGGGAAUGCUCUCAUUGGGGUGACACAUUUGGCACGAAAUUCAAAACCUCAUAUUAGGAAUUCUGAGUAGCACACUAAAAAAUGUGCGAAGAUCGCUUCCCGAAGAACAGUUUUGUCUCACACUAAAUUCUAAAACCAGCUUAAUGAGGCAAAGCAAUCAUUUAAAUUACAUUGCGAGGUGAUUUUAUGAACCAGUUUGGAAGAUCACUUUGACUGUUUUAUUACACGUUAAAAACUAGUUUCCACUAAACUAGUUUUACGAUGGUAGCGUGAACUGAAUGAUGUUUUAGGUUCACAGCCUAGUGUCAGAGAAUGUUGCUUUGUUUCAUUUUAUUUUAUUCAUUUAUUUUUUUUUGGAGGGGGGGGUGGUGGGUGGUAUGGAAUAUGAAUUAAAAACUAACUAUUCUCACUAAAUGAAAAGAAGUGUACAGACCUUUACUGUAUACAUGUAUGAAUAAUUGUUAAAGGGAUUCUCUAUGAAGUAGUUUAAACCGGCUUAUCAUGAGUUUCAGAUCCAUGGUGUUUCAUAAAGCUGUUCGAAAGUUAAGAGCAACUUUAAGAAUAAAUGGUGAUCCUUUCUUGUGGUAAAUGAUAUUCCCCAUUGAAUGUUCAUCGGUGAUUAUUUGAUACAUAAGAAAGGAUCACGUUCUUAAAGUCGCUCUUAACUUAAUACACAUGUACUUACAGACUAUGAACAGGCCCCCAGGUACAUGCAUUGGCCCUCCACCACAAGAACAAGUUGUUAAUAAUUUUUGUUGUUAAACACUCUUUGAUUGUGAAUUGUAAGCUUCAUUGAUUCUUAGUUUUAAAGUAUUGUACACGUAUGCAUUCAAAAAUUCAUAUGAUCUCUCAAAGAAAUUUCUUGCCCAAUACUGAAAAUUUCAAAUUGAAGAUUUUUUUUUUCGAGUAAUGUACAUUGCUUCUCAGUCUCCCAGAAAAAAAAAGAAAUUUGAAUUCCCACAUCUUUUUUCUUCAAAGGCAAAUUAAUUAUGAUAUUCCAUUUAUAUUGAUCUUCAUACAAUUCAAUUAUUCCUCUACAUUUUGAAACC